AUGUAAAAUGAUUUGGAAGCUGUGAAGCUGUCACGGCGGCAAUUAAAUUAGAAACAAAGACACAGCCGCCCUUGCCGUUGGUGUCGCCGCUUCAAUUAUUGCAUUGACGGCAGGUGCAGGUGUAGCCCCAUAAGCACACGCACGCAGGCACACUCACACACACACACACACGCGUGCACUGGAAAAACAUCAGCAACAACAACAAUGGCUGGCACGGCAACCGCAACACCGAUGGAAAUUGACGAAUUCAUAAAUGGAGCGCUCGUCUCUUGGUUGGAAUCAUGCUUGCCACGUGCCGAGCUGCUCGCUGGUUAUACCUCGCUGCUGGAUGGCCACAUAAUACACAGCGUUUGGUUACAAAUUGAUCCGGAACCACAGAACAAUCCCAGCGAACUGCUCAGUGAACUAAGCGGCAAGUCGCUGAGCAUUGCGCGAGCCAAAAACUUUGAGUGCAUUGUACGUAACCUAAAAGCAUUGUUCGAAGAAGAGCUGGGACAGACUAUACUGGUGCUGCCAGAUGCGUAUAUACUGGGCUACUAUCCGGAGAGCAAGCAGGGCUUGGAACAGAUGAAAACUCUGCUAACACUGUUGCUGGGCGCAGCGGUGCAAUGCCCCAACAAAGAGCUUUUCAUAGCGCGCAUUAAGGAACUGGAUCUGGAGACUCAGCAUGGCAUUGUGGCGCUUAUCAAACAGGUGACUGAUAGCCACAGCCUGGUGCUCACCGAGGAUUCAAUAGAGCGUCUUUCGGCCGAGAAUAUGUAUGGACACAUUAUCCGCCUAACCAAGGAGCGUGAUCAAAUGUACUUGAAGUGGAUCGAAACAGUGUGCGUGGAGCCAGAGCUUAGUGCCACUGAUGGUGUCGAAUGCGGGCAAGGUGUUAGUGUUCCCCGUUCACCUUCCAGUGGUACAGCCACCUCGACGCCCUCGUCAUCUUCCAAUUCAGAGAGCAAUCAUUUGGCCGUGGAGUGCGCAGAUCUGAGAUCUAAGAAUCGUAAAUUGCGUCAAGAACUCGAGGAGAAAUCGGAGACUCUGCUGGAGCUACGUGAAGAGCUGGAUGACAAAAAGCAGCGUUUUGAUAAGCUGCGCCAGGAAAGCCAAGAAUGGUUUACUGAGGCAAAACGCGCCUCUGCCUAUCGGGAUGAGGUGGAUAUAUUGCGAGAGCGUGCGGAACGUGCCGAUCGUCUAGAGAUUGAGGUGCAGAAAUAUCGCGAAAAGCUUGGGGAUUCAGACUUUUACAAGUCGCGCGUGGAAGAGCUGCGCGAGGAUAAUCGCGUACUGCUUGAAUCUAAAGAAAUGCUGGAGGAGCAACUACAACGUUCACGCAAACGUUCGGAACAUGCCAUAACCUUGGAGUCGGAAAUCAUCAAGUACAAGCAGAAAUUGAAUGACAUGGCGCUCGAGCGUGAUGUGGAUCGAGCCAAACUAGAAGAGCUUCUCGAAGAGAAUGCUCAACUGCAGCUAGUAGCAAAGAAUCUCAACUGCACUCAGGAAGUCGACAAAUCAUUCUCCGACAAUGAGGACGAGUGCAAUUCAGGUGACAAUAGUUUGUCCGAGCAACUUACGAACAAUGCACAAACACGUGCUCUUAAGCUAGAACUUGAGAAUCGUCGACUGACUGCUGCUUUGGAGCAGUUGAAAGAGAACAGCUUCCAUGAAUCAACCAGCAAAAUGCUAGAGCUUGAAAAAGAGAAGAAGAAGUUGUCGUUGAAAAUUGAACAGAUGCAAGAGAACAUACAAAGAUUGACGCAACAGAAUGUGGAAUUGGAGAGUGUGUUUAAGAACGCAUUGGAAGAGAACAAAAAGCUGCAGGAUGCCGUCGAUAGUCGUCAAAAGAGCUACGAUCGCCAGAGUCUAGAGCGCGAGGCAGAUCGUCAGAAACUCGCGGAUGCCGAACAGUACGUAGAAACACUAAAUAAAGAGAAGCAGCGCAUUCAAACUCUCAAUGAGAGCAUUCAGCGUCGAGCCGAUGAUUUGGAACGCCUCGCAGAAGCCAAAACCAAGGAACUGGAACAGUAUAUUGAGAAAACCCAGCAGUUCGAGCAGACCAAACAGAAGCUUUACGAGAUUGAGGCGAAGGUAUGUACGUACGAGCGCGAGAAUGCCAGCUUGCUGAAAGAGGUGACAAAACUGAAGGAGAGCAGUGAACAAAAGUCUGUACAACUGGACGAGAGCAUCAACAGGCUGGACACCCAAGCCAAAGAUAUAAUGAGGCUCGCCAAAGUACAGGAGGAGGCGGAGCUAGUGCAGCAAAAGCUUGUCGAACUGGAAAAACAGAAUCAAGAGCUGUGCUCGCAGCGCAACAUUGAUCAAGAAAUGAUAAGCACGCUACGCAACGAUCUGGUUAAUGGAACGCUAGUUACCAAGAAGGUGCGCCACAAUCUGGAAAAACUAGGACUGGAUGUCAACGAGGUCGACGGUGAACCGUCUGAUCUAAAUGUAGAGCAUGUUGUGGAGAAGCUGGUGCGCAAUCCAGAAACCUUUAAGACUGUGCGUGAAAUUAUGCUGAAUGUCAAUCGUGAGCAACAGCAAGAGGCGGGCGUCAAGUCGGACAUGUGUGUACUAUGUCAUCGCCAGGAAAUCUUUACAGUGGAGAAAAAUAUCGAACUGUCAGCAACGCCAAAGGUGCCCACAGCGCAGGAGUUGCGCUUCGAGCACAAACUGCAUCUUAGGCCGUCUCGUGACUCGGCUGAAUUAGCACGUCUACAGGACAGUAAUACUCAGUUACAAACGGAGAAUGCGCGAUUAAGUGUAGAUGUGGCAGCAUUAAGCUCCCAAAUUACUUCGCUCAAUACUCAGCAUGUGGCACUGCAAUUGGCCAAUUCUCAGCUGGCCGCCGAAAAGGAUACGCUGUUGAAGGAAAUCGAUGCGCUGCGGCAGGAGCAUAAGCACGCGCUUCAAGAUCAGGUGACAUUGCAGUGCCUGCACGAUCAACUCUCUGCUGAAUAUGAAUCGCUCAACAAGGACAAGGAACAGUUAAAGGCGGCUGUGCGUGAUCUACGCCAAGAGACGCGUGAUGCACGCGAGACUAUCCAAUCGCAGGAGCAGCGCAUCGAGGAACUGGUCGCACAGACCAAUAGCAUGAAAUCCUGCCACGAAGAUCUUGCCAUUCUGCGCACUGAGCACUCCAAGCUGACUGAUGACUUCCGCAAUCUCUUCGCCACUAGCGAUCGAUUCAAGAACGAGUACAAGAAUAUUCAGGAACAAUACAAAAUGAUUCGCGUGGAGCACAGUACUCUUAAAUUACAAAAUACAGAGCUGACUGGUGAGCUGAAUGCCAAACAGGAUCAGGUACGUCUCCUCCAGAUCGAAUACUCAAAGGUCCAGCAGCGUUGCGAGAUGCUAAUACAAAACAAUGCGGACUUGGACUCGGAGCGCAAGGCCUUAAUGGACAAUGUGUCACAGCUGCUGUCACAAUACCAAGAAUUGCUGGCCAUUUCAUUGGAGGACAAGAAGCACUUUCACGAAGAGGAAAAGAACUACACAGAACGAGUGCACAGCCUAAAGCGUCAAAAGGAAAAACUGGAGGAGAAGAUAAUGGAGCACUAUAAGAAAUCGGAGACCACAGUGCAAAAGAAAAAACCUUUUGCCAGCAGCCUCGUUAGGCGUGUAAAGAAGGCCAGCUCCGAUUUGAUGAACAAGGUGCCAAGUCGGAAUCGCCGUUCGUGGGUUGAUGAUGCUCGCACCAAUUCACAGUUUGUCAUUGGCUCUGAAUCGGGGGGCAAUGAAUCGGAUAAUAGCAACGAGGAGCCACUAUCCAUUGCAUCCGAUACGCAUCUGUUACAGCGUAACAUGCCAUUGCGACAGAGCCUGCAGCGGGAUUUGCUGGAUAGCUCCAUACAACGCGGUGGCACUGUGCGAAGUAGCCUGCAAGCACAGAAACGUACGGAUUUGAGUAAUUCACGUAGAAAUAGCGUGCACGGCAGACUCGAACCGCCAGACGUAACCGGCAGCAGCUUAACUCUGGGCACUGCUGGCUCGCGACGCACCGUUUAUUUGAUCGACGAGAAGCUGCCUGAUGGCUCCAGCGCCGCGGCUCAACAGCCACAGGCAAGUUCAACGCCAAGCAACAAUGCUACUUCAGCGGCUGCUGCCACCACUGGAGCUGAGCCGCAAACACCACUAAAGAGCGACAAUCAGCCAGCCACGUUUCUCAUGUACAAUCGCAUCAAUACAACCAUUGGCACCACCAACGACCAGAGCCCACUCUUACAGGCCUCGGGCAGCGGCGGCAGCGUUGCCGGCAGCACCAACCAGGACGAUAAAACACUGCGCAAAAGAAACGAAGAUAAAAGCAAUAGCAUCUGGUAUGAAUACGGCUGCGUUUAGAGCUUCUCGAAUAGAAACACACAAUGAAACAUACAGAUAAACAAAAACAAACUGCAUUUGCUGACGACGAAGUAUUAUUUCGUUUUAGAAAGUAACGAAUUUAUGCCUUAGCUUAACAGAAGAGAAAUUUACUAAGUGCUUCUUAUAAUGCUAUGAUUUGCCUUAAGCUACAUACAAACAGGUCUGCAAUUUAAUACGUAGCAUCUAUAAUUAUAUAUAUGUUGUGUUUUACAUUUAGACAUAGUUUAGAUAAUAGUUAUACAAUUUAUACGUAUAUAUAUACGAAGACUAAACGGCAACUGUGCGAAUUCAAAACUAUCUUUUAGCAUAAAUUAUACACACAUACACAUUUAUCUAUGUACUUAUAUGUACGUGUAUACCAAUACCGAAAUGUAUGUCCAUAUUACGUCCGCAAGAUGAACUAUCAUUGUAUUUAUUAUGCAUUUCAUACAUUAAAAACUAAAACACUCUAAUAUAUUCCUACACAUUUUGUAUACUAUACAGCUAAUAGCUAACGAAUGCGCCUUCAAUUUGUGAAUACAAUUAUAUAUAUAUUUUUGUAAGACUAAAAGUAAUGUUUAAGCGGUAAUAACUAAACACAAAGUAAACGUUAUAAUUCUUUAAUUUAUUGACAAUUACCUAAAUACGCAAUAAACCACAAGCAUAAGGUUAUA